UGCGACGCCGGCAGAACGGCAGAGCGUCGGCGCGCACCACCGCAUCGGCAUGCGUCGAGUCGCGCAGCUUGCCCAGGCGCGGCCCGCGCGCACCAACUCCAUCAACGUCGCUUUUCUUCUGUUACCACUGUUCGGCAUUGUUACUGCAGAAUCAACACAACUGCAUAUCGUAUGUAAAGACUUUAAUUCCCACCGGUGUUAUACUUUGGAAACGGAAUUCUCUGAUGUGGCUGAGGCGAGGGAAGUCUAUUCAAACACGAAUCUACCUGACUAUUGCUUUAUCAGCAGUUCCAGACUUCAACCAGGAAUAAAAAAAGUCGUAACGGUCACAUCGCCUUAUAAUGGGUUAACACAGUCUCUAUUCUGCAAGUCCUUGGUUGUGGGAGUAUUGGACAAGACAAGUAUAGCGAAAGUGUUAGAAGGAUAUCACAGAGAUCGCCGUGAAGCUGCCUACUCUCCUCGCGGUCGGUACAGGGGUCAGACACAGUCCCAAUAUCUCGCAAUAGACCGAGGAAGUGGCAAAGAUGAAGGGAAAGCUGAAGCCCAUUCUGCUGCGGAUUCAUCACGAGCGACAGUCGUUGGCAACAGCGGCAUGGGCCAAGCUCAGAGUCAAUCGAUGUAUGAUCCGAGCUGCGAUGAUUGUUUGGGUCGUAAUGAUUUGGGCGCAGAAAGUUUGAAACGCCGACCAGGUGAAAUUUCCAGUUCAAAUGGGCCAGGAGGUAAUGGUGUCGGAAAUGGUUCAAAUAGACCAGGCGGACUUGGACCUGGUCAAAUGGUCGAUCCUAGGACUAGCGGCUAUGGGGGGAAUAAUCAAGGCGGUACACCUGGUAAUAACUACAACGGACAGUAUGGACAUCCUGGUGCAACUGGCCCUGGUGCAAUUGGACCUGGUGCAACUGGGCCUGGUGCAACUAGACCUGGUGCAAUUGGACCUGGUGCAACUGGCCCUAGUACUGGAUAUGACCCUGGUAAAGACGGAACACUAGGUGGUACACCUUUUGGGCCUGGACAAGUAUAUCGACCAGGAGACAUGAACAAUGGAGGAAUAGGGCCCCGUGGCCAAUCAAGUUAUGGAACAAAUCCUGAUGGCACACCAAUUACGCAUGGUUCCAAUGGAUUACCAAAUGGUAACAAUAAUGGACGUGGAGAUGGCAUACACGGAGGAACUGGACCAGGAAAGUACGGCCCUUCGGAUAGUUCUCAAAAUGGAAAUAACAACAUUGGGCCAGGUAACCACCGAUACAUACCUGGAGGAUCAAAUGAUGGAGGUAACAUACCCCCAGGUUCUUUGAUGCUACCACAAAACGGAAUUGGAAGUUAUGGUGGACGACCAGGUAACAGCAUAUAUCAAGGCGGUGGUCAAAAUGGCUAUCCAGGACAAAACGGUCGUUACCCAGGAGGAUCAAACUGGCCUUAUAGUGUUCUCGGAGCUGAUGGUGUUAAUUAUUAUUGCUGUGUUCCACAAAACGGUCAAGGCAAUGGGUACAAACCACCUGGAGCCAUUGGUUUGCCAACUGGCGGCCAAGGUAGUGGUGGACAAUACGGACCUGGGGGACAAUACACUCCUGGCGGAACUGGUGGACAAUACGGUCCUGGCACAGGUGGCCCUGGGUCAGGUACAGGCGGGCAAUAUGGCCCUGGUACUGGUGGUCAAUACAGGCCAGGUGGUACAGGUGGACAAUAUAGACCAGGAGGGCCUGGUUCAGGAACUGGUACUGGUGGACAAUUUGGACCUGGUGGACCUGGCAGUGGCUCUGGUGGACAAUAUGGCCCAGGCGGCUCUGGAGGUCAGUACAUGCCUGGUGGUCCUGGGUCUGGAACCGGUACUGGAGGUCAAUAUGGCCCAGGAACCACUGGAGGACAAUACGGACCUGGCGGCACUGGUUCGGGAACUGGCACGGGUGGACAAUAUGGACCAGGCGGUACUGGAGGGCAAUAUGGGCCUGGUGGUACAGGUGGGCAAUAUGGACCUGGGGGCCCUGGUUCCGGUGCUGGCACUGGAGGCCAAUAUGGGCCAGGAGGUCAAGGAGGCCAAUAUGGGCCUGGUGGCACUGGGAGCGGUACUGGUGGACAAUAUAGACCGGGCGGUUCAGGUGGACAAUAUGGCCCAGGCGGUUCUGGUGGGCAAUAUGGGCCUGGCGGCCCUGGUUCUGGAACAGGAACUGGAGGAACAUAUGGACCUGGUGGUCCUGGAUCUGGAACUGGAACUGGAGGACAAUAUGGGCCUGGUGGUCCUGGAUCUAGCACUGGAGGUCAUUAUGGACCGGGAGGUCCCGGGUCUGGAACUGGCGGACAAUAUGGACCAGGUGGCACUGGAGGACAAUACGGGCCUGGUGGUCCUGGUUCUGGCACUGGUGGCCAAUAUGGACCCGGUGGCUCUGGUUCUGGAACAGGCACUGGAGGACAAUAUGGGCCAGGUGGCCCGGGUUCUGGCACAGGCACCGGAGGACAAUAUGGACCUGGGGGCCCUGGAUCUGGAACAGGUACGGGAGGACAAUAUGGCCCGGGUGAUGCUGGUGGCGGUACUGGAGGGCAAUAUGGACCAGGUGGCUCUGGUCCUGGAACAGGCACUGGAGGACAAUAUGGGCCAGGUGGUCCUGGUUCUGGAACAGGUACCGGAGGACAAUAUGGCCCAGGUGGUGUUGGCGGCGGAACCGGAGGGCAAUAUGGUCCAGGUGGAGCAGGAAGCGGCACUGGUGGGCAAUACGGGCCAGGCGGCCCAGGAAGCGGUACUGGUGGGCAAUAUGGGCCGGGUGGACCAGGUAGCGGUACUGGAGGUCAAUAUGGGCCAGGAGGACCCGGUUCUGGAACGGGAACUGGUGGACAAUAUGGACCAGGUGGCACUGGAGGACAAUACGGGCCUGGUGGUGCCGGUUCUGGCACUGGAGGACAAUACGGACCAGGUGGCCCUGGUUUUGGAACAGGCACUGGAGGUCAGUUUGGACCAGGCGGCCCUGGUUCUGGAACAGGCACUGGAGGUCAGUUUGGACCAGGCGGCCCUGGUUCUGGAACAGGCACUGGAGGUCAGUUUGGACCAGGCGGCCCUGGUUCUGGAACAGGCACUGGAGGUCAGUUUGGACCAGGCGGCCCUGGUUCUGGAACAGGCACAGGAGGACAAUAUGGGCCAGGUGGAACUGGUGCUGGAACAGGCACUGGAGGUCAAUAUGGACCAGGUGGGACAGGUACGGGCGGACAAUAUGGACAAGGUGGUCCUGGUUCUGGAACAGGUACUGGAGGUCAGUAUGGACCAGGCGGUCCUGGUUCUGGAACAGGUACUGGAGGACAAUAUAGACCUGGGGGCCCUGGAUCUGGACAGGGCGGUCCUGGUUCUGGAACAGGCACUGGAGGUCAAUAUGGACCAAGUGGGACAGGCACGGGUGGACAAUACGGACCUGGAGGCCCUGGAUCUGGGCCAGGCACUGGAGGACAAUAUGGGCCUGGUGGCCCCGGUUCCGGCACUGGUAGCCAAUAUGGACCUGGUGGCCCUGGUUCUGGAACUGGCACUGGAGGUCAAUAUGGGCCAGGAGGUCCCGGUUCUGGUACUGGUGGACAAUACGGUCCAGGUGGCCCAGGUAGUGGUACUGGCGGGCAAUAUGGACCAGGAAGUGGUACUGGUGGGCAAUAUGGGCCAGGCACCGGAACUGGUGGACAAUAUGGACCAGGUAGUGGAAGUGGAACUGGUGGACAGUAUGGUCCAGGUUCUACAUACAAUCCUUACGCUCCAGGCGGUCCUGAUAAUCAAGCGGGUUCGGGCGGUAACCAAAAUGGUGUACCACAAAACGUUAUUGAUCCCAACUCUAUCAUCGACGGGGAUGACUCAGAAGCUCUAGCAAGUGUAAACCAAGCAGCUAAUGGAACAGUCGCGUCUGCAUCGUCUAAAGGUGGCAACGACAAAGGAAGAGCUCAGACUAAUGUACAGGGUACUUACACAGGCAGUGGAUCAUUCUCAGCUCAAGCAGAAAUUACUGGUGAGAACAAAGCCGCCAGCAGCCAGGUAGCUGGUGACAAAAGAAGUGCUUCAAGUACAGCCCAAGGCAGUGGUCGAAACAAUAAAUCACAAGCUAAUGUGGAACUUGGUUUAGAGACCGGUUCAGUUGUAACGGGAUCGCAAAGUGAAGGUCUACUGCACUCGUCUAAUUCACAAGUUCAAGGUAGUGUUAAAGGAGGUAUGGCUGACGCACAAGCACGAGGACCAGGCAGCACAUCUUCUCAAGCCCAAAUAGGAUUUACGCCCUACAAAGAAGGUGAUAAAUCGCACGACGCACAGAAAACUCCAUUCGUCGGAGGAGGAGUAGCUUCCGCGCAAUCAAGCGGCAGAACUGGCAUGUCACAAUCACAAUUACACGGCACUUUCAAAUAUGGCAUUACAUACAAUGGUGCUGCUCAGGCAGGAUCUAGUUUAGACAAAGAUGCCGUAUUCCCAAAUAGAUUGCCAUUUGAAAAGAUUGACGUCAAUGAUCAAAGCAACAAGAACAUCGACAUUAAUGAUGAACCCAAUAAAAACGCCAACGUUAAUGAUGAAAUCAAUAAAAACCUCAACAUUAAUGAUGAAAAUCUCAACAUCACAGAAACAAUAGAAUAUACAACUCCUGCACCUUCAUCUGAUCUAUCUACAACGGAAUUAUCAUAUGAACCGGAAGUGCCAGAACCAGAUAAGGAAGAGCCACUUGGCCAGCCUGAAGAAUCGUUUGACACACAUAAACAUGAAGAUCAUCAUUUAAAUGACCCAUCAUUGGGGCCCACUCGUUCACCACCAGUAGAAAGUAGACGAUCUUUCCAACCAUCUUACAAUCCAGACGGAGACUACGAAUACUCUCCAGAUAAAGAUGACGCUCCACCAGAAGACUACGACGAUGGUUUCGGUCCUGAAGGAACUGAUGCUGCCGAUAGCGAACAGGGUUAUAUCAAUCCUAGCUACAAUGAAUUCUCCAGAGAUCCUGAAACAACACAUCAAUCUCUUCAUAGUCCAAAACGAAAAGGCAUAGAAGUGAGACAGACGACGGGUGGUAAUACGCAACAUAUUUUGCUAGGCUCCUUAACAGAUCAAGAUGCAGAAAUUACACAGAGGAAUUCGGAACGCCCAGAUGAAAGUAGAAUAUACCAACCUGGAGAACGUGUACCAGGUACUGGUGGUUACACAAUACCAGUUGGGUUCACUGGUAGUGUCAAAUCUGUAGCGUCUAAAGACAAGACUUACGUAGUUGGUUCUAAAGAAUCUCCUUCACAAGCACAAACAGUGUCCCUUACUUCAGGGAGCGGCAGAAUCAAAUACAAAUACCCUCCAUACCCAAGGAAUGUCAAUGCGAAAAAUUUGAGAUCAUUAUACAGUCCUAAACCCGACAAUAAUAACAGGUACGUCUCGGUCUCUAAAUCAGUAACACGUGACCUAGAUAGUGAAAAUAAUGUUCGUAAACAAUACUCUCACACAUACUAUACAAAAUCCUCAUCCUGCGGCUAUUUUACAUUUACUUGUACCAUGGUCAGCAGCGCUGAGGGUAGGAAAAAGGUAUGCAAGCCCAAAAUUCCUACAAACCCGGAUGGAACACCAAUGAGGUGUAACUAGACAUAGUAUAGUAAAUAACUUCUAUCUUAAUAAAAUAUCUAUUUAAAUACUUUUAUACAUUGUACAGACAAAUUCAUUACGUAAAAUUCAUUGGUGCUAGUUAUUAAGAUACUUUAGAUAGCAGUAAUUAAAAUAAAAUUUCAUAGUAUUGUACAUACUUUGAUUAAUAUUGUUACUAAAAAAUAAAUAAUAUUUACUUGUUCUA